AUGCUGACCGACGAAAAGGCGCCGCUGCAGUCGCAGCUGACCGGCGGCCACGGCAACGACUUUGUCAAGAAGCUCUACGAGAUGCUCGAAGACCUGAAGUACGGCGACGUCGUUCGCUGGACCCAGGAGGGAGACUCGUUUGUCGUCAUCGACACCAAUGAGUUCACCAAAAACGUCUUGCCCCACUUCUUCAAGCAUCUGAACUUCUCGCUGUUCGUUCGCCAACUAAACAAGUACCUGUUCAAGAAGAAAAAACGAAAUACCAACGAAGACGCCCCGCUGCCCUACGGCCCCGAUGCCUGGCAGUUUUUCCACCCCGAAUUUAGACAGAACCAACGAGAAACCUUAGAAAACAUCAAGCGCAAGGGGCCCGGCACCCGCAAGGCCAUGGCUACCGUCAUCCCACCGGAGGGGAUCGCCCAUACCUGUCAUGGCCAGCCCCAGCUUGUGGCGCUGCUUAAAGAGCAAGUGGAGCAAUUGAAGCACGAAAACUUCAACCUUCAUAAGCUGGUGACGAUAUUAGAAAACAAAUACAAGACGGUGAUUGAUAACAUCGUCGCCGUCAAUACCGUCAACGAACGCAAUUUCCGAUCGAUGGCCCAGUUGCUCGACGCGCUAGCUCAGCAUGGGAUAAAACUCCCCCCGCUCGACUUCCCCAACCCUCAAUUGGUGAGUAUGCAAGCGCCGCCGCGAGCGGCAGUCGCGCCAGUGGGACCGCCGCCACCAAUGGCACCACCGGUGGUUGCUCCGGGAGCCAUGCCUCAGCCGCCGAUGCCGCCCCACGGGCCGAUGCCAGCGCCGCCGGUACCGCCUCCAGUAGCCACCCCGGCGUCGGCGCCGGUGUUGAUGGAACCUAAAGUGGAGCCGGGAGUCCACCUCGACGCCAAAGCUAAAUUCAACGUGUUACUUGUCGAGGACGAUAAUAUUUGCAUUCAGUUGUGCCGCAAGUUCCUCGUCAAGUACGGGUGCGAGGUGACGGUGGUCACCGACGGGCUUAACGCCAUCUCGACGGUGGAGGAGACGAAGUUCGACCUUGUGCUUAUGGAUAUUGUCAUGCCGAACUUGGACGGGGCCACCGCCACCCUGAUCAUCCGCAGCUUUGACACCCGCACCCCGAUCAUCGCCAUGACGGGCAACAUUGAGGAUACCGACUUGGUGAACUAUUUGAACAAUGGUAUGCUGGACAUUUUGGCUAAGCCAUUCUCCAAGGACGACCUCUACUGUAUAUUGGAAAAGCAUUUGUUAAAGCGGCUGGAUGGCCCGCCGACGGCGGCGCUGACCCCGGCGCCGUUGGGACCCACCAACGGCAACCCUACAGAACCGGCAAUGAAAAAGCCCCGGUUGAAGUAA